AUGGCUAUGAAAGGGAUGAAAUUUUGCACUGUGUGCUGCGUAAUCCUCUGGGUUAUCACUACAGUCUCUGCCGGGCGAGAUUUUUACAAGAUCCUAGGAGUGAGCAAGAGUGCAUCAGUUAGGGACAUCAAGAAAGCCUACAGGAAGCUAGCCCUUCAGUUACACCCCGACAGGAACCAAGACGACCCCAAAGCUCAGGAUAAAUUCGCCGACCUGGGUGCAGCCUAUGAAGUCCUGUCAGAUGACGAGAAACGCAAACAAUAUGAUGCUUACGGAGAAGAUGGACUGAAAGAAGGCCACCACAGUUCUCACAAUGAUAUCUUCUCCAGUUUCUUCGGCGACUUUGGUUUCAUGUUCGGAGGCAAUCGACAGCAGCAGGACCGAAACAUCCCCAGAGGAAAUGAUAUUGUUCUUGACUUGGAGGUCACACUUGAAGAAGUAUACUCCGGGAAUUUUGUUGAGGUAGUGCGAAAUAAACCAGUAGCCAAAGAGGCACCCGGAAAAAGGAAGUGCAACUGUCGACCAGAGAUGAGAACGACGCAGCUCGGCCCGGGCCGAUUCCAGAUGACCCAAGAGAUGGUGUGUGAUGAAUGUCCCAACGUCAAGCUGGUGAACGAAGAGAGAACACUGGAGGUGGAAAUUGAACAAGGGGUGAGAGAUGAGAUGGAGUACCCAUUUAUUGGGGAAGGGGAGCCUCACAUUGAUGGAGAACCCGGAGAUCUGCGCUUCCGCAUCAAAGUGUUAAAGCAUGCCGUGUUUGAGCGUAGAGGAGAUGAUCUGUACACCAAUGUCACCAUCUCCCUCGUGGAGGCGCUAGUAGGCUUUGAAAUGGACAUUGUUCAUUUGGAUGGUCACAAGGUGCACAUUAUUCGGGACAAAAUAACCAAGCCUGGGGCCAGGAUGUGGAAGAAAGGCGAGGGCCUGCCCAACUUCGAAAACAUCAACAAUCACGGGUCGCUUAUCAUCACCUUUGACGUGGAGUUCCCUCAAACACAGUUGGAUGAAAAUCAGAAAUCUGGUGUUCGUAACCUGUUGAAGCAAGGCUCCAUACAGAAGGUGUACAAUGGACUACAAGGCUACUAG